GGUCGGCGACUCGGCGGAACCGUGGCCAGAGCUUCACACUCCCUCGCUUGCUCUCUCUCUCACUAAUGGUGUCUUCUACUUCUCUCCUCCCUUCGACCACUUUGCUCAUCAACUGGGCGAAUCAAAUAUGUACUCAGCCGGGUCUUUCCUCGAGAGAUUCGACAUGGCAGUGUGUUUGCUUCCGUAAGCAGAAACGCAAACCUAAGCUCUACCUAAUUCCCGCCCGUCAUUUCUUAUCAACUCCACUUGAUUCAACGAAGCUGAAGACUCGUGCUACUACUUCCGGUGUUUCUGAGGUUCAAAGGUCUACUCAUAGCAAAGAGAUGAAAGAGUUUGAGAUGGAGUUGCAAGAGUUGUUCAAUGAAGUCAAAUCCAUGGUAAAGAUUGGGAAGGAAAGAGACGCAGUGGACCUACUUCGAGCUAAUUAUGUUGCUGUGAAAGAAGAGAUGGAUUCGGGUUUGAAAGGUAUCGAACAAGCUGCUGUUCUUGACAUCAUUGCAUUGGGGUAUAUGGUUCUUGGAGACUUGAACCCUAUUCCGGCAUUGCUUGAUAUGAUAAACAAGAUUGUUGAUAAGUUAAAGGACACUGAACCUCUUUUGGAUUCAGUACUUAUGCAUGUUGGCAGUAUGUACUCGGCACUAGGGAUGUUUGAAAACGCUGUACUCGCGCAUCAAAGAGCUGUUAGUAUAUUAGAGAUUAGAUUCGGUGAAUGCAGUACUCUACUUGUCACACCGUUACUUGGGUUGGCUAAGAGUUUUGGUUCGUAUGGAAAAGCCACUAAAGCUAUCGGCGUUUACGAGCGUACAGUGACCAUCUUGGAACGGAAUAGAGGCUCUGAAAGUGAGGAUCUAGUGGUGCCUUUAUUUUCACUCGGUAAACUUUUGCUUAAAGAAGGUAAAGCAGAUGAGGCAGAGAUUCCUUUUACCAGGAUUUUAAAUAUAUACAAGAAGACAUACGGAGUGAAAGAUGGAAGAGUUGGUAUGGCCAUGUGUUCCCUUGCUAAUGCAAAGUGCACAAAAGGAGAUGCAGAUGAAGCAGUAGAUCUCUACAAAAACGCUCUACGAAUCAUCAAAGAUUCAAAUUAUAUGGCCAUCGACGAUGCUAUCUUAGAAAACAUGAGGAUAGAUCUUGCUGAGCUGCUUCAUUUUGUUGGAAGGGGAAACGAAGGACGAGAGCUACUAGAAGAAUGCUUAUUAAUAAACGAGAGAUACAGAGGGAAAAACCAUCCAAGCAUGGCUACACAUCUUAUAAACCUUGCAGCAUCUUAUUCACGCUCCAAGAAUUAUGUGGAGGCCGAGCGGUUGCUGAGAACUUGUUUGGACAUCAUGGAGAAGUCGGUUGGUUCAGAGGAUCAGUCCAUAACCUUCCCAAUGCUGAAUCUUGCAGUCACUCUUUCUCAACUAAACCGUGAUGAGGAAGCCGAGCAAGUAGCAUUAAAGGUCCUACGAAUCCGUGAGGACGCAUUUGGCAAAGACUCUCUCCCUGUUGGUGAGGCACUGGACUGUCUGGUAUCGAUCCAGGCGAGAUUAGGAAGAGACGAUGGAGAAGUACUGGGUUUGCUGAAAAGGGUAUUGAUGAUCCAAGAGAAAGAGUUUGGGUCUUCAGCUGAAGAACUCAUUGUUACUCUCCAGAAGAUUAUGCAUUUUCUGGAGAAAUUGGAGAUGAAAGAUGAGAAAUUUAAGUUUAGGAGAAGGCUAGCUUUGCUUAGAGAGAGAUACAAGCAGAGUCUUAGCUUGUAGAACAUAUGAAUAAAUUAAUUGAUUUGUAUCUCCCU